UUCCCAAAGAAACGAACACAUAACUCCCCCCUUACUUAGCAAAAAAACCAUACUCCCUCCUUCCCUCCCUCCCUCCCUCCUUGCAAACAUCCCAUCGCAGAGAGAGCCAUUUCUAGAGAGAGAAAAUCUCAGUGGGGGGAGAGAGAGAGGAGACCGGGGAGAGAUAGAGAGAGCUCUCUAACUGCUCAAUGGUGUCCCCCUCGCAGAUCUCGAAACCCUAGCCACACUUCAUUGUCUCCGGAUACUCUCCCGCCCUCUCCUCCUCUCUUGCCACUCGCCGGAGCUCCGUCUCCCUAUCGCUGUCCGUACCUGUGCCUCAUUGUCAAUUGGCGGGGCCUUGGGCGGCGGGUUUGAUUGAAUCCCCAAUCGGCUCCGCUGGACUUUGAUUGCCUUCGCAGGAGCUCGGCUGGGGCAAUCGAGGAGCUCUAUUUGUCGUUUCUUGUCUCCACACUAGCUGGCAUUACGGCGUUUCCGAUUUACGGAUGUGAUUUGGAGCAUUCUUCCGCGAGGAGGCCGAUGAAGGAGGUGCAUUUCGUGUAUUGAACUGUUCGAGCGGAUAAGAUGGAUGACAGAGGAGGUUCGUUUGUCGCUGUCAGAAGGAUUUCUCAAGGCAUUGAAAGAGGCAACACCUGCCAUUCAACUUCAGCUGAGGUUGUGGCAGGAUCUGCAGCAUGGCUUGGCCGAGGUCUUUCUUGUGUUUGUGCCCAGAGAAGAGAGAGCGAUGCUCGUCCUUCAUUUGAUUUAACACCUGCCCAGGAGGAAUGUUUACAGAGGUUACAAAGCCGUAUAGACGUUGCCUAUGAUAGUUCAACACUGGAGCACCAGGAAGCCCUAAGAGCGUUAUGGCAUACUGCCUUUCCUGAAGAGGAACUAUGUGGUUUAAUAUCUGAGCAAUGGAAGGAAAUGGGUUGGCAAGGGAAGGACCCUUCCACUGAUUUUAGGGGAGGCGGUUUCAUAUCAUUGGAAAACUUGUUGUUUUUCGCGAGGAAUUUUCCGAAAUCCUUCCAAGAUUUACUUAGAAAGCGAGAAGGAGAUAGGUCAAUGUGGGAAUACCCUUUUGCUGUCGCUGGUGUCAAUAUCACCUUUAUGCUCAUCCAAAUGCUUGAUCUGGAAGCAGUAAAACCACGGACCUUUGUUGGAGCUACUUUCUUGAAGUUUCUUUCAGAAAAUGAACAUGCCUUUGAUCUUCUAUAUUGCAUUACAUUCAAGUUAAUGGAUCAUCAAUGGCUUGCCAUGCGUGCGUCUUAUAUGGACUUCAACGCGGUAAUGAAAUCAACACGCCGUCAAUUGGAAAGUGAACUCCUGCUUGAAGAGAUAACGCGCCUCGAAGAAUUGCCUUCGUACAAACUCCUCACACGAUAGGUAUAGGAGCAGCAGCAGUUGAUGAGGGUUUCAGAGAUUUCUCUUUUCUUUGCUCACUCGCUACUCCCCCUUUCUUUCUGCUCUUUGAAAUCUUGCUAGAUGGCUUUCCUUUUUUUCUGGUUGAUAUGGCAUUAGCAAUAUUUCUUAAGCUUUUCCUUUUGACAUCCCGAGUAUUCCUGCUUAGUGCUUGAGAUAAGUCUACUCAUGUUUACGGGGGAUAUAGGUUGAUGCAUAAAAAUGUAAUUGCAUGAGGUGAUGCAUAAAUGACCCGAUCAUGGGUAGCUCGUAUUGCGAAUGCUGCUGUGAGUCAAUUCCAAUUCCAUCUUGAGUAUUAUUUGAGUUGGUCUUUUACU